AAUAAGACGAAGUUGGUAGGAGGGAGGACGAGGGAGUACGCUGUAGAUACAAGUUGCUUGCUGUCUGUCCCGCCGAGUGAGGUUGUUGGUUUGGGAGUGGUGUCUGUGGAAGGAAGGCCUGUGUGAUCUCCAUAGCAUUUACAGCUCUGGGGCUCGAGGGUCUGCACCAGUUAACUCCUGAAACGGGGUACCCAAAAUCACUAUGAAGCUACAGUGGCUGCUGUUGGUAUUUAUCCUUUUCAUUCUUAUGACUGAUGUUUAUGGAGAUAAAGUGAGGAAACUGAAGAAGUUCCGUCGUCAUCGAACCACGACGACCACGACAACAGAAUCAGAUCCUGUGUCUGAUGAUUUAACUGAAGGCGGAGAUGGUGAGAAAGACUUGUUUUCAAUGUUAGAAAAUGAUGAGGUAGCAGAAGAGGAGAAGAAACAAAAACCAAUAGGAGAAGAAGAACAAGAGGCCAGAGAUGAAGCUUCCAGAGAAAUCAUUAGGGACAAUGAUGUUCCUAUACAUGAUCCAUGUGCUAAGAAACACUGUGGGGCUGGAAGAGUCUGUGAGCUAACAGAAGAGGGGGAGGCAGAUUGUGUCUGUAUCCCGACAUGUCCUGAAGAGGCUGACCCUAGAAGAAAGGUAUGCUCAAAUCACAACGAGACAUGGGGUUCAGAUUGCGAAGUGUACCAGAUGCGAUGCUGGUGUGACAGAGAGUUAGAUGGAUGCAGAGGAGAAAAAUACAAACAUGUCCACAUUGAGUACUAUGGAGUCUGCCGUGAUAUGCCCGAGUGUUCCACGGAGCAAAUGGCAGAUUUCCCACGCAGAAUGCGAGACUGGUUGUUCAACAUCAUGCGCGACCUUGCUGAUCGCCAGGAACUGACACCUUACUACCUGAAGAUGGAACGCGAAGCUGAGACCAACUUGACGAGGCGCUGGAGCAAUGCUGCUGUCUGGAAGUGGUGUGAUUUGGAUGGACAUCCUCAUGACAAUUCAGUGUCACGUCAUGAACUUUUCCCAAUCAGAGCACCACUGAUGGCACUAGAACAUUGCAUUGCACCGUUUCUUGAUUCUUGUGAUGUAGAUGAUGAUCAUCGUAUUACCCUCAAGGAGUGGGGAAAAUGUCUGGAAAUUGAAGAGGAUGACCUAGAGGAGAAAUGUGAUGAACUAAGGAACGAUUAAUUCAAAAAUCGUUUUCAUAACUUACUAGUUUCUGCAAGGAGUCCUGCAGUUUCCAACAAAACUCCCCGAAAACAAUGGAGAUUUCUAAGUUUGCAGAUGGGGGGGUUUCUGCAAAAUGUAUCAGUACUGUUUAGUACUAAUGUGAAAUCAGUAAUGUGGUGCUAAUACUACAAUGUGAAACCUUGGUGUGGUGUAUCCCUGUGAAAGAGAAAAGAGGGAAAUCAUGUCCUGGCAAAUAAUAUUAUGGAGGAAAUAAAACAUUUCUUUAAUUGUUGAAAUAGACACUGAAUAUUGGCAAUUCUUUGAUAUGUAAUUUCUUGCACAACUUUGUAACCCUUGUAAUUGUAGGUUUGUAUUGAUCUUUACAUGCAGAGUUAUGUAACACCGCGCUUUACUGCAUAUUGUAAGAUAGAGGAACACCAUAUCAAGGAUUUACUGUCUAGUUUUUUUUUACAGUGUGUUCACAAAAACUCUUAUGCAUAGGGAAGAAGACAGGAAUGUGUGUCUCUUUACUUACCAAACUACAAAAACAACACUUGCAAUGUUAAAAGAUUUUAUUGAAUUGAACAUUAUGUUUAAUUUUUUAUAUAAUGGGCUGCCUGAUAAUUUUAAUUGAAUGACUUUUUGUAUUUCUGUACACAUGUUAGAUGUCUAAGAACUAACUAGAUUUAUUAUUUACUUACAUUUACAAUAUAUAAUUUUUAAUUUACAUGAACUUGAUUUUCUUUUCACUUUCUUAAUAUUCCCUAUGUCUAAGUGUUUCGUUAUACAAGGUAUAUACAUAUCCUACAGUUGAUAUAGCUUUGUACAGAAGGAAGGAAACUACUUAAUUUAGAAUUAUAUAACUUUUACAUUUUAUUUUAGUUAAAAUGUCAUAUUUGUCAAAUAAUAUAUUUAAUUAUUAGGAAAGUUAAGUUUUGUUAGAAGUUCAGAGUAAAGAAAUUAAAGAAUGGUUUAAGGUGCCAAAAAUAAUUAAAAUGUAAUCGUUGCAAGAACAAUAAGCUUGGGUUCCUGAAUGUAGGAAGAUGUAUUCUCACUUUAAUUAUUAAAAUGUGUUUAGCAUUUAUUGGUGAAACUGGUGAUGCGACAUCUCUGUCUAGCGAUGAAAUGAAAAAUGGAUCUUGGAAAACAUGAAUAUUCUGUCACAAACACCUUAUUGAUCAAGCAGAGAAAUAUGCUUUCUUUCUUAACCUAUUUCUGACAAAAAACAAAGGUUUCCUCAGCUGAAAUUAGAAUAUAAUUUUCUUUUCUAGAUUUUAUGGGUGUAACAUUUUAUAAUGCUUGCUUAACAAGUUUUAUAAACAUUUUGGUUGUCAAUAAAAAAUAUACUGCAACUUCA